AUAUGACAUAUCUGCUGCAAAGUCUUAGUAUUACUCACAAUGGAAAUUUCUCUUUUCUUUCUCUCUUCCUUCCAAGUACUUCUUCUCUUUCUUCUGUUCAUUUCCACCACAUAUGUCACUGCACAAUCACCACAAGGCACAAACUUUUCUUGCUCUGUGGAUUUACCUUCCCCUUGCCAAACUUAUGUUGCAUAUUAUGCCCAGCCACCAAACUUUCUGAAUCUGGGAAACAUUUCUGAUCUAUUUGCAGUCAGUCGUCUGUCAAUUGCGAGUGCUAGCAACCUAGUGUCUGAGGACAUUCCAUUAAUGCCAAACCAGCUUUUACUUGUACCUAUAACUUGUGGCUGCACAGGGAACAGUUCUUUUGCCAACAUCACUUACCAGAUCAAGCCUGGUGAUAGCUUCUAUUUUGUUUCAACCACUUACUUCGAGAAUCUUGCCAAGUGGCAAGCAGUGGAAUCUUUCAACCCCAAUCUAGAUCCAACCCUCUUACAUCCUGGUGACAAAGUGGUUUUUCCUUUGUUCUGUAAGUGUCCCUCCAAGAAUCAAAUGAAACAUGGUAUUCAAUAUCUUAUUACUUAUGUGUGGCAACCUGAGGAUGAUAUUUUCAAAGUGGGUGCUAAGUUUAAUGCAUCUCCACAUGAUAUUGCAAUCCAGAAUAACUACUGGGACUUCAGUACUGCAGUGCACCACCCGCUGCUGAUCCCUGUAACUCAGAUGCCGAUUCUCUCUCAACCAUCUCCCUCUUGGCCUCAGAGAAGUGAACAUCAUUUGGUCAUCAUAAUAGUUACAAGCGUAGCAGGUGCCCUUUUGAUCUUCCUUCUUGUGGCUUUUCUUGUUCAUGCUCAUUGUUCAUGUAAGAAGAAGAAGAAGACAAUGACUUUGCAUCGUAAUGGUUCCUGUUUGGAGACUACAGAUCUUCUUCAAAUAAAAGAACAAGGGAAGUAUAGAAGUUUUGAGCCUAAGAUUAUACAAGAUAAGCUACUUCCUGGGGUUUCAGGCUAUUUAGGCAAGCCAAUCAUGUAUGACAUUAAAGAGAUUUUGUUGGCAACCAUGGACCUACAUGAACACUACAGGAUAGGAGGAUCAGUAUAUAGAGCUAACAUCAAUGGACAGGUCUUAGCGGUAAAGAAAACCAAGGUAGAUAUCACAGAGGAAUUAAAUAUUCUGCAGAAGGUGAAUCAUGCAAAUCUAGUGAAACUAAUGGGAAUUUCAUCCAAUGCAGAUGGUGAUUGCUUCUUGGUCUAUGAAUAUGCAGAAAAUGGGUCUCUGGAUAAGUGGUUGCACCCCAAGCCUGCAUCUUCUUCAAGCUCUGUAGCCUUCUUAUCCUGGAGUCAAAGGUUACAAAUAGCACUAGAUGUGGCCAGUGGGCUGCAAUACAUGCAUGAACAUAUUCAACCAACCGUUGUUCACAUGGAUAUACGAACAAGUAAUAUACUUCUUGACUCUAGGUUUAAAGCAAAGAUAGCAAAUUUCUCUGUCGCUAAACUCACCACAGACUCUAUGCUGCAAAAAGUUGAUGUUUUUGCUUUUGGUGUUGUUCUGUUAGAGUUGCUCUGUGGGAAAAAAGCCAUGGUAACGAACGAAAAUGGUGAGAUUGUUUUGUUGUGGAAGGAAAUGAAAGGUGUCAUGGAAGUUGCAGAGAAAAGGGCAGAGAGGUUAAAGAAACGGAUGGAUCCAAACUUGGAGAACUUCUAUCCAAUCGAUAGUGCCCUGAGUUUGGCAAACUUGGCAAGGGUGUGCACGCUGGAGAAGUCUUCAGCCAGGCCGAGCAUGGCAGAAAUUGUUUUCAACCUUACAGUUCUAACCCAGUCAUGUUCGGAGACAUUAGAAAGGUCGUGGACUUCUGGCCUAGAAGCGGAAGAAGAUAUUCAGAUAACUAGUCCUGUCAUAGCUCGUUGA